AUGGGAAAGCAAGAGGUGCUCGAGAGGGCAUACAACACUUUGAUUCUCGAUUUUAGUGAUAAGAUGUUACGAGAGAUUGUGAAGAUGAAGUCGGCAGCCGAAAUUUGCUUGAAGCUUGAAUCUUUGUACAUGAUGAAGAGUCUUUCGAACUGGUUGUAUCUCAAGGCGAAGUUCUUCACCUUUAAGAUGACAGAGAGCAAGGAUAUUCAGGAGCAUAUUGACGAGUUAAACAAGUUGAUCAUGGACUUGGAGAACAUAGGUGUAACGACCGGAAAAAUUUUAGGUUUAUUUCGGACAUUCCGGUUUUGGCACGAGAGCCGAAGCAACAGGAAAGAACUUCAAGCAAGCGGGAAUCCUAGCGGAUUACCGGUAACAAAGGGUCAUCAAGUUGGAGGAGCACCCCCUCCACAGGCUGUGCCAGCACAAACCGCCCAACCUGAGCAACCCCCAGAGAGGGUUGAACGCCAAGAGCCAGUAAGGGGUGAGAUGGGGCACCGAGUGAUGGUCCCAAGGGAACCAUUGUAUGUGAGGUUUAAGAAGAUGUCACCUCCAGAGUUUGAUGGGUCAACAGAUCCACUAGAAGCCGAGGAAUGGUUAGCAUCCAUUCAGAGAGUGUUUAAGUUUAUGAAACUCACCGACAGGGAGAAGAUACAAUGCGAUGCUUUUGUAUUGAAGAAGGAUGCCCGCUAUUGGUGGGAAUCAGUGUGCGCUAGAAGGAAUGUGAGACAGAUGUUAUGGGAUGAAUUCCUAUGGGAAUUUAACCGUAAUUGGUUCCAACAGAGGAAGAGUUGGUUAGGAGGAUGGUUAAUAUGCUCCGAGGAGAUAGCCACCGUUGUGGAAAGUGGGGGGUAUCCACCAACCACGGUAGCUGAUCUAGUGAACUGGGUAAUACGCGCGGAGCAUAAUAUUGCCAAAUCUAAAGAUGAACGAGCUAAGAUGUGGGAAGAUAAGAAGAAGCAGAGAGAAAAGGCACAGGCAUCCACCAAGCAGAGCCCCAAUGCUAAUCCACAAAGCCAAGGAAGCCGAAGUGACCAGGGAUCGAAACCUGGAUAG